AGGCGCGCGCUCGCGUCCGGUCCGCGUGAGGCGCCUCGGCUCGCGGCCGCCGCUUCCGCGCCCCCCGCAGCGCAUCUCAACAUGUCGCGGCGGCGACACAGCGACGACAGCGAUGGGCAGCCCCACAAGAGGCGGAGGACGUCUGAGCCGUCGGAGAUCGAGGAGAGGCUCGAGUCCCUCAUCUGCAGAGUGGGAGAGAAGAGUAACUCAUCUUUGGAGAGCAACCUGGAGGGCCUAGCUGGUGUUUUGGAGGCUGAUCUGCCAAAUUACAAAAGCAAGAUACUAAGAAUACUGUGUACUGUUGCACGUCUGUUACCAGAGAAGCUUACCGUUUACACGACACUAGUUGGGUUGCUGAAUGCCAGGAACUACAAUUUUGGUGGGGAAUUCGUAGAAGCCAUGAUUCGUCAGCUGAAAGAAUGUCUGAAAGUCAAUAUGUAUAAUGAAGCUGUGCAUUUAGUUCGGUUUCUCUCUGAUCUUGUGAAUUGUCACGUAAUAGCUGCACCUUCAAUGGUAGCUAUGUUUGAGAACUUUGUGAGUGUGACACAGGAAGAAGAUGUACCCCAAGUACGAUGUGACUGGUAUAUGUUUGCUUUUCUAUCAUCUUUGCCUUGGGUUGGAAAAGAGUUAUAUGAGAAAAAGGAUGCUGAAAUGGAUCGUCUCUUGUCUCAGACAGAAAGCUAUCUGAAACGCCGCCAGAAGAUUCAUGUACCCAUGCUACAAGUGUGGACUGCUGAUAAACCACAUCCACAAGAAGAGUAUUUGGACUGCCUUUGGUCUCAGAUUCAGAAGCUGAAAAAGGACCGUUGGCAAGAGCGACACAUCCUGAGACCCUACUUGGCUUUUGACAGUAUUCUUUGUGAAGCGCUGCAGCACAAUCUGCCUCCCUUCACUCCUCCACCUCACACCGAGGAUUCGGUCUACCCCAUGCCAAGGGUUAUUUUUAGGAUGUUUGACUACACAGAUGACCCUGAGGGCCCUGUCAUGCCUGGCAGUCACUCUGUUGAACGAUUUGUAAUAGAAGAGAACCUUCACUGCAUCAUCAAGUCCCACUGGAAAGAGAGAAAGACUUGUGCUGCCCAGCUGUUGAGCUACCCAGGAAAUAACAAGAUCCCCUUGAACUACCACAUAGUUGAGGUGAUAUUUGCAGAGUUGUUUCAGCUUCCAUCUCCACCACACAUUGAAGUAAUGUAUACAACACUCCUGAUUGAACUGUGCAAACUUCAGCCUGGCUCCUUACCACAAGUACUUGCACAAGCCACAGAAAUGCUCUACAUGCGUUUGGAUACCAUGAAUACAACAUGUGUGGACAGAUUUAUUAAUUGGUUUUCUCACCACUUGAGCAACUUCCAAUUCCGUUGGAGCUGGGAAGAUUGGUCAGAUUGUCUUACUCAGGACCUUGAAAAGCCCAAGCCAAAAUUUGUGAGAGAGGUUUUGGAAAAGUGCAUGCGACUCUCCUACCAUCAGCGAAUAAUAGACAUUGUUCCUGCAAGUUUUUCUGUCCUCAGUCCUGCUAAUCCAAUGUGCAUUUACAAAUACGGAGAUGAAAGUAACAGGUCUCUUCCUGGAUAUACUGUGGCUCUUUGUUUAACAAUUGCAAUUAAAAAUAAGGCCAGUAACGAGGAAAUCUUCAGCAUUUUAAAAGAUGUGCCUAAUCCAAACCAGGAUGAUGAUGAUGAUGAAGGAUUUACUUUCAACCCUCUGAAAAUAGAAGUCUUUGUUCAGACUCUGCUCCAUCUAGCUGCAAAGUCUUUCAGCCACUCCUUCAGUGCCCUGGCAAAGUUUCAUGAAGUCUUCAAAACGCUUGCUGAAAGUGAUGAGGGGAAACUCCAUGUUCUGAGGGUUGUAUAUGAGGUUUGGAAGAAUCAUCCACAGAUGAUUGCUGUGCUUGUGGACAAGAUGAUUCGGACACAAAUUGUUGACUGUGCUGCAGUAGCAAACUGGAUCUUCUCUUCAGAGCUUGCACAUGAUUUUACUAGGUUUUAUAUCUGGGAGAUCUUACAUUCCACAAUUCGUAAGAUGAAUAAGCAUGUUCUGAAGAUCCACAAAGAACUGGAGGAGACUAAGGCAAGGUUGGCCAGGCAGCACAAAAGACGAGACAGUGACGAUGAUGAUGAUGACGAUGACCGGAGCAGUGAUCGGGAAGAUGGGCCGCUGGAAGAGCAGAUAGAGCGCUUGCAGGAGAAAGUGGAGUCAGCCCAGAGCGAGCAAAAGAAUCUCUUCCUUGUUAUAUUCCAGCGUUUCAUAAUGUUGUUAACUGAGCACUUAGUGCGCUGCGAGACGGGUGGAAUCGAUGUGUUCACACCUUGGUACAAGAGCUGUAUAGAGAGGUUGCAGCAGAUCUUCCUGCAGCAUCACCAGAUAAUCCAGCAGUACAUGGUGACCCUCGAGAACCUCUUGUUUACCGCUGAACUGGACCACCACAUACUGGCCGUGUUUCAGCAGUUCUGUGCUCUGCAGGCCUGAGGAUUACUCAUGGGCAGUCUCGUCUGCAGGACUUCAAUGGAAUACCUUUUUUUUUUCUUUUUUGUAAACGGGAAAACUUGACAUGGGGAUGAUUUUUUGACUGGCUUUCAUGUGCUCAUAUGUAAAACUACAGUACUCUAAACAACAGCAAACUGUGUAAGCAUCAUAAGCCUUACAAUAUACGUCUGAUAGGGGAUAGAUGUGAAGUAUUAGUUCUUUUUGUUGUCUUUUAAUCUGGUUUGACUCUUUGACUUCAUGAUAAUGUUUUUGUUUCUCCCUUGAUGUUUAUAUAAAAAUAAAAUCAGACAAAAAAAUCCAAAACAAACCAAAAAAAACCAACCCAGUCAACCAAAUAAUAGAAUUUGUUGUCUCUGCCUGGCAAUCAGAAGAACUGCAGAAAUGAAAAACAGUUCAUCAUGUUGUGUGAGUACGAAAGGGGAUGCACCUUCUCAGUGAGCACAGUGUGGUCAGUUUUCUAGUAUGGCACAGGAAAAGUGUCUUAACUUUGGGCAUGUGGAACAUUUGAGUUAAGCUUUCAAAGUAGUAUAAAAGCGUAAGGAUUUCUUUAUUGCUGAGCCAGAUGGAUUUUCACAGUUGAAAGAAGAUGGUUAUAAUACAAUUGAAAUACGUUUUUUAAAUGUAUUGCCUAGUAUCUGUCGCAGCUAUGAACAGCAGAGGAACUCCAUGGACAGCCUCUGGAAAGGGCAGUCCUUUUUGUGGCAUGGUCAAAGGAUCACCAUCACGGGUAAAUACAGGCAGUGAACAAGAGCUGGAGUGGAGCAGACUUUGAACUUCUGUACUGAGCCUUACCUGGGUGUUGGGAACUCCCGACCCAGAGGGCAGGGCAGAGGGCAGGACAGUGUUCAGCUGGUUGGUUUAUUUUGGCCUGUAACUGGUCAGGCUGCUGAGCUUGCGCUGGGCCAGAGCUGCAGGCCUGCAUUGGUGCCAGAAAUCUUUCUGGUAGUGAUGGUGAGUGAAGCAAGUGCCCUCACCUUGAUUAGUAGCAACUGCUUUGUGCUGGCUGCAUCUGCUGCCUUCCUCUUGUUUUAAAAUGUGACAACAGCACGUGUCUCCCAUGUCUUCAGAAAGUGUUUUAAUGUUGAAUUAAGUGAUAUCUCACAGGAGACUUAGACUGGGAAACCACAGCCUGUAAACAGUAGCCUUAGUUUUGAGUUAUGCAAGUCACCUGAAGUACAUAAAGGCCAAAGCAGAGUGGUGUGUAAAGGCACUGCCGUCGGGGCUCAGGUCUACCAGUCUGCAGCAUAUUCCCAAGCUGGUUACUGCAAUCUCUCCAUUUUGCGGCUGAAUGUUUAAGGAAUUCCAUACCCUGUGCUGUUCAGUUUAAGGUUAGAAAGUGGUGAGCUUUGAGUAAUUUUGUUCCUGUACAAAUUAUUUUUUCAAGUAUUAUACCUAGUAAUACAUUUCAUUCAUAUGUUGACCAAUUGAACCCCUGAUCAAGUGAGGAGGGUGGAAAAUGGAACUUUCUACUUGGAACGUUGACUUAAGCUUGUGUGUGGCCUGUAGCAACCCUAUGUAUCCUUGUAGGCCUCGAUCCAUUACUGCCGCUUGCUAUGCUUUCCCUUUUCUGGUUUGGCUGAUCCCUCCUUCUUUCAGGGUGUACUGUUAGUUGUUGUAAAUUUGCUUUACACAAGCGUCUUGUCAGUCAGGCACAGAUUUCUGCUUCAGAUCUUUCUCUUUUAAUGUUCUUGAGUAAUCAAAUAGUUGUGGGGUUUUUUUUAAGAAAAACUUAAUACUGUAGAGGUUUUAAUUGGGGUUUAGUAGUUUUUUCACUGGCUCGGAUCACUAUCAGAGUUCUGAUAUUAGCUAAUGGUGUGGGGAUCUGACUCUAAAUAUGACUUCUGUAAAACUGAUAAUGCGGUUCAAACUUGCCAACCUGUCACUUCCUUUGAGCCGUGACAAAUACGGGUGGCUGGGGAUCCAGUUGCAAAUGCCUGAGCGUAAUUGUGUGAUUUAAAACCAAACACCCAUAUCUUUCAAAAUGGAUUUGACUGCCAUGGUGCGAGGGUGGGCUUUGAUUAUAUUUCUUGAGCCUGUGAGACACCUUCCUGCUCCAUGGGUCCGGUGGCGUCCACCUGACUUGACUGAGAAACUGUUUGGGUCUGUAGGCAGCGAGGUGCUUGCGUAUUGACACCAGCAGCUAACUGGCGCAACUUGGAACUGCUGAAGCGUGAGGUGGUGGAUAGCGUAAAGAUGCUGUAGAAACAUGGUGUGGUUGGAAAAAAUGCACAACUAAAGACAAAAAUAAAUG